UACUUAUCUCACUUCCUGAUUCACAACGCACGAAGUAUACUAAUCUAAAAAAUAAAACAAAGGUUGCACUUCUAAAAAUAUUACAAGAAAUACGAGAUUUAAAUGGUGCUGAAGAAGCUAUAGAUGAAGAGAAUACUAAUGAAAGUUAA